AUGUCAGUUCUAAGGUGGAAUUUUAAGGCAAACAUGGAGAAGAUGAUGAGUUGUGAAAAUGGGCUGAUUACACUGGCACAUGGGUGUGAAUUGGCCUUCAUCUCACUGUUUUCUGUUGAAAAUUGUUUCAGGAUCCCAGAGUCUUUUCCAUGUCUUCAUGAUAAGCUACUUGCUGCUGCCGCCGAGGCUGCCUUUGAUUUCUCCUCAAAUCAGAAGAAGAAGCAGGGUACCAAACCUGGGAUUCUCGGAGGCAUUGUCAAAGGCUUUAAAGGGGGAAGUCAGGAAGUUGUGGAGCUUGAUAUAGAUGACAUUGAGAUAGAUGAGCCUUCGCUAACCAAAGCAACUACUUCAUUGCAAGGAGUGAAGCAUAUGAAGAGAGAGAAGCGGUCAGAAAGGGAUCAAUUGUUAGGUGUGGCUGAUGAUAUGAAGCCCAAACUUAGGACACCAGAAGAAAUUAUGGCUAAAUAUAGAAAAGCUGGGGAUGCCUCUUCUGCUGCUGCACAUGCAAGAAACAAGCUUGUAGAGAGGCAGGAAAAACUUGAAGUAAGACAUUAUGAAUUUAAUAUUACUGUGAGAAUGCUUUGGGAUGAGUUAGUGAAUAGAAUGAGCAGGCGCACUGCAGAGCUCCAAAGUGGGGCGGAAGACUUUGCAUCACUGGCAAAUGAGCUUGUCAAGGAUGCCUCUUCUCUGGCUACUAGUGCAAGACACAAGCUGGUCGAAAGGCAGGAAAAGCUGGAGAAAAUCGGCAAUGAUGCUGAAGAGCUGGAAGGUAGAUCAGAAGACUAUGCAUCAUUGGCAAAUGAACUUCUCAAGAAAAUGGAGAAACGAAAAUGGUGGCAAAUAUGA